AUGAUAUUCACCGUCUUUCUACUCCUCUUCGCCACGGCUGGCGCCACUACUCGCCACAAACCACUAGCCACUGUCCCUGGGCAACAGGAUAGCAUACCCAACUGGGAUUUUCAGCCAGUGCCAGGAGUCUCCAAAAACACGGCAUCACUCUCUCUACCAAACGUCGAUGUUUCUUCGUGGCAUCAUGCACCUGUUUCUAGGUGUACGCUAAUGGCCUGCCUCCUGGCCGAAGGCACGUUCGGCUUAGAAGGUCGCGAUGGGCUCUGGUAUUCUAACAACCUUGAGAAUUUUGACCAAAGCUUAUUUUCAAUCCCUUGGGUGUACCGUAAUCAAUUCAAUUUGGAACCUGGAAAAAACCGCCACUACUUUCUGCAAACCAAUGGAAUCACACCCGCUGCAGACCUGUUCUUCAAUGGCAAGCAAAUCGCCGAUAACAUCACGCAAGCUGGUUCCUAUGGCGGCCAUACGUUCGAUAUCACGGAUCUUGCUAGGGAGAAAAAUGCACUGGUGGCAAAAGUCUACCCUACGGAUUAUCAGCAUGAUUUCGCGGUAGGAUUCGUCGACUGGAACCCUUACCCGCCCGACAAUGGCACUGGACCAUGGAGAGACAUUACUGUCAAACAGACAGGCGAUGUCUUUAUGGGCCCAUUGUCCGUGCUUGUGAAGAUGGAUGCUCCCAUUGAAGAUACCAAAAAACACCAAGCGGCUGUCACUAUCAGGGCCAAGGCUCGGAAUUUGAGUAAACAGCCAAUCAAGUUUGUCGCUACAGCAAACGUCAAAACUCCAAAGGGUAAACAUCUCACGACGCUGAACAAGACUGUCCGCAUCGGACCAGAGGAGUCAGUCACAAUUGAGCUUCCUAUGAAGGUUCAGAGUCCCGAGGUAUGGUGGCCAGCGGCUUGGGGUCAGCAGCCUCUAUAUUCCACCCAACUAACCUACUCCAUCGGGAACGAUGUUUCAGACGUGAGCCCUGUGUCUAAAUUUGGCAUGCGAACCGUCACCUCAGAGCUUAAUGCGCACAACGAUACCAUGUUUAAGGUCAAUGGCUAUCCGAUCCAGAUCACAGGCGGUGGCUAUACCUCCGAUAUGUUUCUACGCUGGGAUCCGGAACGCUUCGAGAAUAUAGCGCGCUACGUUCUAGAUAUGGGCAUGAAUACUAUCCGACUCGAAGGGAAAAUGGAGCAGCCUGAAUUGUACGAUAUCGCCGACAGACUCGGGGUUAUGCUCAUGGCUGGCUGGGAGUGCUGCGAUCGAUGGGAGAGUUGGCCCUACAAUCACGACUUGGCCGAAGAUCCUCCCCCUCGAUGGUACAAGGCUGAUUAUGAAACCGUCAACGCAUCAAUAAGGCAUGAGGCGGCUAUGAUGCAAACACACGCAAGCGUGGUUGCUUUCUUGGUGGGGAGCGACUACUGGCCUGACGACAGAGCCACAAAGAUAUACCUUGACGGCUUGCACGACGCUGGAUGGCAAGUUCCUAUCAUCGCUUCAGCUUCCAAGCGUGGUUAUCCCAAGCUUCUUGGACCCUCUGGAAUGAAAAUGGAGGGACCUUAUGAUUGGGUUCCGCCCGUAUAUUGGUUUGACCGAGAACCUACAACCAAACGGUUUGGAUCAUCUUUUGGCUUUGCAUCCGAGUUGGGUGCGGGGGUUGGAACGCCUACCAAGGGAAGCCUGGUCAAGUUUCUAACAGAUGAAGACAUGCAGGAUUUGUGGAAGAAGCCGAACAAGGGCCUAUAUCACAUGUCACAGAACACGUCUCAGUUCCACGAUCGGUCGAUCUACAACAAGGCGUUGUUUACGCGGUACGGCAAGCCGACGUCGUUGGACGACUAUCUGAUGAGCGCGCAAAUGAUGGACUAUGAAGCAACUCGAUCCCAAUUCGAAGGUUAUAGAAGUCAAUGGAGUGCUUCACGCCCGGCCACGGGUUUGAUCUACUGGAUGUUAAACAAUGCCUGGCCCAGUCUUCAUUGGAACCAGUUCGACUAUUAUCUUCAUCCAGCUGGAUCAUAUUUCGGUACCAAGAUCGCCAGUCGAGUGGAACAUGUCGCCUUUGAUUACUUCAAUAACUUCAUCUGGCUGGUUAAGCAUUCUCUCAAACAAUCUGGUCCACGGUCUGUUCACAUGGAACUAGUCGAUCUGGAUGGAAAACGUAUCUCUCAUCAGAAAAUUCACUUCACCACAGAAAUCAACAAGUCUCGCAAGAUUGGCAAUAUCAGCAGCUCGAUCAAGAAGAUUAAGGACGUCGGGAUUCUUCGUCUUCUUUUGGUUAAUGAUAGCGACAACAAGGUACUUAGCCGCAACGCCUACUGGCUGUCCAAGCAAAACGACGUAGUGAACUGGGCCAACACCACAUGGUACUGGUCUGAUGUCAAACAAUCGGCCAAUUUUACCGCGUUGAGCGAGAUGGACAAAGCGACCGUUACUGUUAAAGCAUCCAAAGGCAAGACUUCUGGCGAGUGGGAACUCCAGGUCAUCAACAAUGCUUCAGUCCCUGCCGUCUUCGUCCAGCUCAAUCUCAAAGAUGAGAAGGGUGACGAUGUAACUCCUUUGACCUGGUCGGAUAAUUAUUUCACGUUACUUCCCCACGAGGCAGUUAAAGUUCUGCUUACUACCUGGUCGACUGAAGGUACUCUAGUAGAAGUAAUGGGGAAGAAUGUUGAUCUUUCUCAUAUUCAACUGCGCUGA